AUGGGUGGAAGAGGUGGAUAGAAGUGCGAGAGAGUUUAUAGUAGAGUUAUUAUUAUAAGAAAAUUAAAAAUAGGAAAACAAGCAGAGGAGUAAGAAAAAAUUAGAGUAAUUAGAAAUUUGAAAAGUAAACAAAAAAAAUAAUUAGAUUUUGUGAGAUUUGCUCAGAAAUAAAAAAGGAAUUAAUAGAAGCUCAGAAUGUGGGAAGAAUCCAGAGGGCAAAUUAUAGUGGAUUACUAAUACCAAAGAUGCGAAGAUAAGCGUUCGUACAAUAUUAGGAUAUGGAGGUAAUUUAGAGUAUAUUUUUCUAUUUGCAGAAAGAGAGGAAUGCGAGUAAAUAAAAUAAAAAAAGAGAGAAAUAAUAAUUUAACUAAAAUGAAAACUCAUACACUCAAACCUUUUAUAUAUAUUUAUAUUUGUUUGUGUAUCUAUCUAUCUAAGCAACCUUUAUGA